AUGGGUGUUUACAUAGAUGGCACUGUCGGAUUAGGAGGGCAUAGCACUGCUAUUUUAGAGACUUCCGCACCGAAUGGGCGUGUGAUCGGAAUUGAUUUAGAUGUUGAGGCUCUUACUAUCGCAAAAAGUAGAUUACACGUCUUCGGGGAGCGUUAUUCUCUCAUUAAUGGUAAUUUUGCUGAGAUGGAUGUCUUAUUGGAAAGACACUCGGUUCACGCCGUAGACGGUAUCCUACUUGACUUAGGGGUAUCGUCCCUGCAGCUGGACGCACCACACCGAGGUUUCAGUUUUAACCAUACCGGUCCGUUAGAUAUGCGCAUGAAUGCGCGGCAGGCGGCUCUUACAGCGAUGCAGGUAGUCAACGACAGUCCAAUGGAUGUCCUUGUUGAAAUUUUCAAACGGUACGGCGAAGAGCGAUUCGCGAAACGGAUUGCCCAUCGGAUUAUUCAGACGAGACGAGAAACACCGAUAGCGACGACAACGCAACUCGCAGAGAUUGUCAAGCAAGCCGUCCCCCACGGCGUAUCCAAAAUCCAUCCUGCGACCCGUGUCUUUCAGGCACUCCGCAUUCAUAUCAACGCCGAAUUGGAAAAUCUUGCGAUGGGUUUGGACGUUGCGAUACAGCUUUUGAAACCGGGCGGUUGUCUGUGUGUAAUCGCGUUUCAUUCACUUGAAGAUAGAAUAGUCAAGCACCGUUUCCGGACUUGUGAACACACCGCAUCUCUGGAAAUUCUCACGAAGCGUCCUAUAUUACCAGACGCGGUCGAAGUUCAACAUAAUCCGCGAGCGCGGAGUGCUAAACUGCGCGUCGCUCGCAAAUUGUAG